CGAGAACUAUGAACAACAGAGCGAGCUCUGUGGGAGCUGUUACCGUUCGAAAGGGAGCAGAUAGGUGGGACCAGAAAUAAGUGCAAGUAUCAGUGUGGAAGUCAUUUGCAACGCAAUAGCGAGACCACUGAUACAUUAGCUCAAACAUCUUUGAGAAGCUCCUUGUCCUCUGGGUAUUACUGUCUCCACAAGAAGUGUCAUUCGCAACAGACGAAUCUGUUGCAGAGGUUUCUCAGCAGGUGACCCCCACCCUUUCGCCAAAAUCCGGCUAUUAGAUGUGACAGCGAGGUUGAUCAGGAGAAGUCACCAUGUCUUAAACACAGACGGGCCCUCUGGAGCCCUAUCCCUCCACCCUGGCCCCCUUUCCCCUGCCCCCUCCUCUAUUCACCACCUUACCCCCUCUCCCAGUCUCAUCCAACUCCCAGACCUCUCUGCACAUGGGAGAGACGGGCUUCCCAAUCCUGGCUCGCCAGCGGCACAUCCCUCACCUCCUGCUGGAGAAAUGAGUUUACAAAAGCACCAUCAGUUGGGUCAUGGAAGUAGUAGUGUAAUGGGUUCUGACCGGGACCUACAAUCCACUGCUUCCUCCAUCUCCUUGCCCUCACUGAAGAAGGCACCUAAGAAGAGGCGUUUCUCCCUGGCCUCUCUUUUCAGAAGAAGAGGGCGGGAGUCCAAAUCGGGACACCAAAAGUCCAGAGGCUCACAGCAUCCAGGAUCAGGAGGGCUAACGGGAGUGGAUGGCAUUGCCACCAUUGAGAGCAUCCACUCUGAGAUGUGUAAUGACAAGAACUCUGCCUUCUUCUCUGUGGCCAGCAAUGGGGCUGCCUCGAUUGCUGCUGCUUCCAUCUCAUCUGCCUCAGGUCCUCCUUUCUCUACCUCCUCUGCCUCGUCUUCUUCCAAGACAGGGGUUGGAGUGGGGUCAGAGCUACUGGAGUGCCCAUUGUGCCUUUUGUGCCACUCCAAGGAAAGCUUCCCCGACAUCAUGACCUGUCAUCACCGCUCCUGCAUUGAUUGCCUGCGCCAGUAUCUACGCAUUGAAAUAUCAGAGUCGCGUGUCAACAUAAGCUGCCCUGAAUGCUCAGAGCGCUUCAACCCACACGAUAUCUGCAUGAUUCUGAGGGAUCGAGUGCUCAUGGAGAAGUAUGAAGAGUUCAUGCUGAGGAGGUGGCUGGUUGCUGACCCAGACUGCCGCUGGUGUCCUGCUCCGGACUGUGGUUAUGCAGUUAUAGCCUUUGGGUGUGCCAGCUGUCCAAAGAUCACGUGCGGCAGGGAGGGUUGUGGAACAGAGUUCUGUUACCACUGUAAGCAGCUCUGGCAUCCCAACCAGACUUGUGAUGCAGCACGUCAACAGAGGGCCCAGAGCCUCCGCCUGAGGACCGUGCGCUCAUCCUCCCUCAGCUACAGUCAAGAAAGUGGUGCUGCUGCCGACGACAUCAAACCAUGUCCACGCUGUGCUGCUUAUAUUAUCAAAAUGAAUGAUGGGAGCUGUAACCACAUGACUUGUGCUGUCUGUGGCUGCGAGUUCUGCUGGCUCUGCAUGAAGGAGAUCUCAGACUUGCACUACUUGAGUCCAUCAGGCUGUACUUUCUGGGGGAAGAAGCCAUGGAGCAGAAAGAAGAAGAUUCUUUGGCAACUGGGAACACUUGUUGGUGCCCCCGUUGGCAUUGCACUCAUCGCCGGCAUUGCUAUCCCUGCCAUGAUUAUCGGCAUCCCUGUAUAUGUGGGUAGGAAGAUCCAUAACCGUUAUGAAGGCAAAGAUAUUUCCGACCAUAAGAGGAACCUUGUGAUCGCUAGUGGUGUGUCUUUCUCUGUCAUUGUGUCCCCAGUGGUGGCUGCAGUCACUGUCGGCAUAGGAGUUCCCAUCAUGCUUGCGUACGUGUAUGGUGUGGUGCCCAUCUCACUUUGCCGGAGUGGAGGCUGUGGUGUGUCAGCUGGGAAUGGAAAAGGAGUACGCAUAGAGUUUGAUGAGAAUGAUAUGAAUGUUGGCAGUGGGGCAGCGGCCACUGAUACUACUUCAGUGACUGAUCCCAGGAAUAACCCUAGUAUAGGCGAGGGCAGUGUUGGAGGUAUGACGGGCAGUUUAAGUGCCAGUGGCAGCCAUGUGGACCGUCUGGGGGUCACAAGGGACAACCUAAGUGAGACAGCCUCCACCAUGGCCCUCGCAGGAGCCAGCAUCACGGGCAGCCUGUCAGGGAGUGCCAUGGUCAAUUACCUGAACAGGCUGGAGGUACAGGCUGAUGUGCAGAAGGAGCGCUGCAGCCUCAGUGGGGAGUCUGGCACUGUCAGCUUGGGUACAAUCAGUGACAAUGCCAGCACCAAAGCAAUGGCUGGAUCCAUUCUCAAUGCCUACAUGCCUCUUGACAGAGAUGGAAACAGCAUGGAGGUCCAGGCUGACAUUGAAUCCAAACCUGCCAAGCAGCGACAUCCCAGCGACAGCAGCAGCGUAGAUGACGCCAACCAUGCCAGCCGCUGUGGCUGGAUAUGUCCAUCCAAUGGCUGCGGCUCCUCAGAGGGCAAAGGAACCUCCACUAAAUGGGCCAAAGAGGCCUCCUGCUCCUCCUCCUCCAGCUCGGGGGGCAAGAAAAGUAAAGGCAAGCUGCGCAAGAAAGGAGGAGGCGGAAGUACAAAGAUCAACGAAACUGGAGAGGACGUGGAUGCUCAGCUUCUGGAGCAGCGCAGCACCAACUCCUCAGAGUUUGACUCUCCCUCACUGAGCGGCAGCUUGCCAUCCGUGGCAGACUCCCACUCCAGCCAUUUCUCAGAGUUCAGCUGCUCAGACUUGGAAAGCAUGAAGACAUCCUGUAGCCAUGGCUCCAGCGGAGGUGAUUACCACAUGCGCUUUACGACCGUCAGCCCCUUACCAGAGGUGGAGAACGACCGCCUGGAGACAUGUCCCACUUCUUUGUCCUCGUCUCAGGGACAAGCAGCUGUGACCACUCCCCACUCUCCCCCCUCCACUAGCUCCUCCCUGGGUAAUGUCUUGGAGCUCUCCCCCCUCAGCUUCAUCACAGAGGAGAAUGUCAACCCGGUGUGCCAUACUGAGCUGGACUCCUGCAACAACACCGGAGAGCUUCUAAAAGAACCCAACAACAACCAUCAUCAACUACAACACACAGUCCAAACCCAGCAGCAGUCUAAGAACUCCUGUAUACAAACAGAUAUUUAAAAUGUCAAUACCUUAAGUGCUGCACAACAUAAAAUCUAACAUCCUUUUCUUUUUUAACAACCACAGCUUACAGUUUAAUUAAGAUCUUCUGUUACGCUGCAGAAAAGGAGACAUAUCAUUUUGGUAUUUUUGUCUUUGAUAAAAUGAAUUAUCACGGUAGAAUGGAUCUAUGUUUGCUCUCUUUUGGAAGCGGUAAAACGUUAGAAAUGUGUCACAGACACACACUCAUUGCCUACUUUUACCAGAACGCAGCCCAUUGAUUCAGUUGCUGCGUAUUAAUCGUGUUGGGUGAAAAUAAAACCACGGUGCCAGUUUUUGCUAGUGUUUGAUUUAUGCUUUACUAUGUGGAUGCGAUUCCACACUGGAACCUUGAACAUUUCAGCUUUCUAGAAGGAAACUUGAACAAGACCGGGGAACAUCACACCAUUUCCUCCUUCAAAAUUUUCCCAAAGUUGUAACAGUAAGCAGGAGAAACGUUUGCGUUCCACUAUGUAUUUAUUUUUCACAUUGUUUGAAAUGAACGCUAAUGUAAAAGUAUGACUCCCUAGAUUAAAUAUCCUGAAUUUUUUAGCACUAAAAUUGACCAGUAACAAAACUACAAUCUUAUUUGAAUGCAUACACACAUUGUUGUUGUCCCAUUUUGGGAGAUGGUGCUUGUCAGCUUGGUAACCACUGAAUUUCUAGUUCAAAAUUCUCACGUGUCUUAGGGCUAAUGGGGUAGUUUUGUUCUGUGAAAAAGGUUCUAUUGAUAUGUGAUUUUCUCAAAUCAAAACUCUGUGUAAAAGGUCUCUGGAAGGCCAUAGUUGAGAUCAUGCUGAAAGUCGUUACGAUAACAUGAAGCAGUGGGUUGAUCAAUUCUGUGAAAUUCGUUCAAAAAAGUUUUUUUGUUCUGUUCAUAGGUGAUUAAUUCAGGAUGAUAGUUUCGUUUCACUGAAUGAAGAGAGCUUUGAUAUCUUUAACUCGUGGUGCCUUCAAAAAACUGUUUGUGUUUUGUUUGUCACUUUCCACUGUGUCUUCUAGAUUCCAAACAAGGAUAGCUCGUAGAUUGCAGAAUGGGUAUUUGUCGGAAGGAUUUUUCUUCACAUGCAUAACGUGGUAAAUGAAGACUUUUCAAUUGCCUUCCAAAGACGGCACUCAGGCUCUUGUUAAAUCUUAUUCCUCUCCCUUAUCAGCUGUAAGACACAGAGUUGCACGUCCUUUUUACAACAUGGGAAUGGCUGCAGACGAGACCUGGGAGACUGGCUGCUGUUUUUGCACAUGCUUCGCAAAUGCAUCGCAAAUAACUAAGGCUGCGCAACAGCCCAAAGCACCCGCACUGUUACCUGUAUUUCACAUGGCAUUGCUGUCCGCAGUGCACACUGGUUAAAAGGAGUUGUUGGAGUUUCCCCCUUUCCAUUUGAUGCAUCCUGUGAGUCCCGUUUGUCUUGCCAAACGGUGCUGCUGAGCAGACUUGAAACUAUUAUUAUUUUUUUCUCUUAAUUUCAGAGUGUUUAAAGCCUGCAUUUACUGCUCUGUGGUCUUUGAGGCCACUGAGCCGGCUCACGUGAACCUCUACCGGCAAUGUUUUUGUUUUUUGAUCAUCGGUGGUUGGUUACUGAAUGAACACUUAGUUUGAUUCUGUGGAUAAGGCCUCAUGCUGCAAUUCUCCCUGCAUUAAAGCAAAAACAUUUUCAUCUUCCUUAGUUCAGCUCGUCAGUCAUCAACAAAAACUGAUUGAAACACUAGUGCCACAUUUCAUUUGUCAUUUGUGCAGAGUAGCAGAACAUAUUUGUACAUUUGUUAGGUAUUUUUGCUUUACUAUAUGCGUGUAAAUGCAUAUCAAAAAAUAAAAAUGAGAAAA